AAUUAAAUUAUAACCGAUUUUAAAUAUCAAUGUUUCAUAUAUUACAAUAUUAAUGUCUAAUGGACAGAGAAAUCCUUUCUCUCCACUUCUUCAAACCAAAUAUAAUGUGAGCCUUCUUACAAACCGGAUAUUGCCGACAAUCAUGAAAAAGAUCAGGGAAAAGUCUGCAUUGAUGCCGGAAUUAGUCACCGAUAUUCUCCUGCGCCUCCCGGUGAGUUCUCUCCUCCGAUUCAGAUGCCUUUCGAGACCAGUCUGUUCCGAAAUUGAUAGUGAAAAGUUCGUCAAGAAUCAUCUCAACAGCUCAAUCAAGAGGAGAACCCGCCUAAAGCUAAUCUUCUUUGACUCAGUACUCAAGGGUCCCAGCGAUUUGUACUAUGCUGAGUUUGAUGAUGACCUUGUUUAUGCCUUGGUACUCAACAAACCAUUGAUAUCUCCUCAUCAGGCCUCAUUUGUCUAUGGUUCUUGCAAUGGUUUGAUUCUGUUGGGUUGGGAUCUUGCCUUAUGGAAUCCAUUUACCAUGCGGUAUAAGAAACUACCGCUUUGUCCAGUCCAAACCCUUCCCGGGUAUAAAGGAUUCAUGUGUUGUGGUUUAGGGUAUGAUUCUGCACACGAUGACUAUAUGAUUGUGCUGAUUUCAGAGGUUCAUGACUCCGAUCGCGUGUUUUAUCAAGUCUGGAUUUUUGGGUUGAAAUCAGAUUUUUGGAGGAGGAGCCAAGAUUUGAAAGAUGAUGUUAACACACAGGUGGGGCAUUUUGCAAAUGGUGCUCUGUACUGGGCAUGUAAAAGAAAAAAUAAGUGCGUUGGUUUUGAUCUAGCCAAGGAGGUGUUCUUUGACAUCCCGCUACUGUCUGAUUGUGGCCCAGCAUCUAUCUUUUGGGAUUCCUUGGUGGUUUUCGGAGGUAACGUUUAUUGUCCUACAUUGCAUGAUGGAACUGUAGAAUAUUACUUGCUUGUGAGUGAAGAUAAGGGUGGAGAUGUUGUAGAAGCUAGUUGGCGGAAAGAGUUCACUAUGGAGAAUGUGAAGACUAUUAUGGAUGAUGUUUUUCCGCCUUGGCCUUUGGCUUAUUCAAAAGAUAGGAAUAGCAUUCUGCUUGGGGAAGUAGGUGGGGUUUUUUGGCAUAAUCUUGAAAACGGAAGAAAACAAAGGGUGAAUAUUGCUGGGCAGCCUGAGGUUCGCGGGUUCAGAUACAAUGUUUGUUGGGAAAGUCUUGUCUCUGUUGGCAAGGAUAGUGCAUUUGAUGGAGCAGCUGAGGGAGUGUGAAUAGACGAUUUGGAGUAGAAUAAUUUGAAGCUGCCUUCUUUUAGAGGGUCAAGUUUGUAAAGGCUAAUAACUGUUGUGAUAUGCAAACUAGUGGUGAAUGGAUAUGUCACUGAGGAUGAUUAUAUUUCAAUGAAAUUCCAUGUCAAUU